AUGCUAUGGCUGUCCUCAAUCAAGGCCGACGUUGACCGCUGGACUGGCUUUGAUGAUGGCGCAGGCAAAGGCGUUGCUCGCGACGACAUUAGAGGACAUUUGCACUUCCUGGUCGAGAAAGAACAGGGACGCAAGCUGCCGCCUAUUACGGCUGAGAUUGCACAGGCUCAAGCACAAAAGCUGGUUGAAACCCUUACGGACUGGUCUACUACGUGCAUUCUGCUUAUGACCUUGGAGAAUUAUACAUUCUUCCUGUAUUUGUAA